UUGGAGUUGAUUUAAACCAAACAUGGUUGACGAUGUUUGUCCAUUAUUCUCAUUUUUUACAGCCCCUAAUUGGUGAUGGCAGGGGGCGUAUCAUAGCUGGUUGCUAAGUGCAAUGCACUAGCUAGAAAACGAUUCUUCUUCUAGAAAUAUGCCUCCUGCUUCAAAAAGAACUUUGAAAAGUGAUCAUUGAACACACUGCGUGCUCCCAAAAGACAACCCCUCACCGUUCACCGCCAUCAUCUACAUGCAUUAACUAGUAAAAUAAGACCGAUAAUAAUCAUUGACUCUAUUCAACUCAGAAUUUGAUCAUUCUGUUCUCACUUCUCAACAUGCCGCAACACAUUUUCAACCCUGUGCGAUUCUUGCUACUGGUUUUACUAUGCUCAAGUCGUUUGACUCAAGGGAUGUCGUUUUCACUUUCUCUCACAAGAGGCACCCAGAUUUUGCAGCAAGUGAAGAACACUGAGCUUCAAGACCAAAACGACAGCCUCAAAAACUGGUCACUCGACGCACACAGCACUAGUCCUUGCAACUGGACCGGCAUUACCUGUGACGCACGGAACCAAUCGGUUCUCUCCAUCGACCUCUCCGAAACCGGCGUCUCCGGCUCUUUCCCAUCCGGUUUUUGCCGCAUUCAGACUCUCCAAACCCUCAACCUCGCUUCCAACUUUCUAGGCGGCGCCAUCUCCUCUGAAUCACUCUCUCUGUGUUCCCACCUCCGCGUCUUGAACCUCUCUGACAACAUCUUCGUCGGACCUCUGCCGGAAUUCUCGCUGGAAUUUUCUCAACUAACAGAACUCGACCUCUCAAAGAACAACUUCAGCGGCGAAAUUCCGGCCAGUUUCGGCCGGUUCCCGAACCUGAACGUGCUCGUUCUAUCAGGGAACCUUCUCAACGGAACCAUUCCUCCAUUCUUGGGGAACCUCGGUGCGCUAGUUCAUCUUGAACUCGCGUAUAACCCAUUGAAACCAGGAUCAUUACCUUCACAAAUAGGAAACCUCUCUAACCUGGAAAUUCUGUUCCUCGCACAAAAUAACCUCAUAGGUGAAAUACCAGACUCCAUUGGAAACCUCAUGAAGCUCAAGAACUUGGAUUUGUCUCAGAACUCAUUGUCAGGUAAGAUCCCAAGCAGCAUUUCAAGAUUGAAGAGUGUGAAGCAAAUAGAGCUAUUCUAUAACCAGCUUUCUGGCGAAGUUCCACGUGGCAUAGGAAACCUCACAAGUUUGGUUCGUUUGGACCUCUCUCAGAACGCUCUCACGGGAACACUGCCAGAUUCAGUUGCUGCAUUGCGCCUUAAUUCUCUUAACUUGAACGACAACCUUCUCAGUGGAGAAAUCCCUAUUAGUCUAUCUUCGAACCCUAAGUUGCAGCAAUUGAAGCUCUUCAACAACAGUUUCACCGGGAAACUACCGGAAGAUCUCGGAAGAUACUCUGAGUUAGAGGAAUUCGAUGUCUCAACCAAUGAUUUCGCCGGUGAAUUGCCCAAGUACCUUUGCCAAGGGAACAAGCUUCAGCGUUUCCUCACUUUCACGAAUCGGUUUUCCGGAACUAUUCCUGAUCAAUACGGAGACUGUGAUUCUCUUGAAUAUGUCAGAAUCGAGAACAACCAGUUCUCCGGUCAAGUACCACCGAAGUUCUGGAGCCUCCCGAAGCUUCAGCUUCUUCAAAUGGAUAACAACAGGUUUGAAGGUUCUGUCUCUUCUUCUAUAUCCAGCGCCAGGGGAAUCACUGUUCUUCUUUUAUCCGGUAACAGCUUCUCAGGGAAUAUUCCGAGGGAAUUUUGCGAACUCGAUCAGCUUGUGAAGAUUGACAUCAGCAAGAACAGGUUUUCCGGCGAAGUUCCCGGUUGCAUAACAGGGUUGAAAAGGUUGCAGAAGCUUAGGAUGCAGAAUAACGCGUUCUCCGGUGAUAUUCCCGGUAAUGUGAGCUCAUGGACCGAGUUGACUGAGUUGAACUUGUCUCAUAACCAGUUCUCCGGUUCGAUCCCGCCAAAACUCGGUGACUUGCCGCAGUUGACUUACCUUGAUCUCGCCGGAAACUUGCUGACAGGUGAGAUUCCGGUGGAGCUGACGAAACUCACACUCAAUCAAUUCAAUAUAUCUGACAACAAAUUGUACGGAGAAGUUCCUUCAGGUUUCAACCACCAAGUUUACUUGUCAGGUCUAAUGGGAAACCCUGGUCUCUGUAGCUCAGUUAUUAAAGAGCUUUCUCCUUGUUCCAAACGCAGACCCUUUUCCAUCAUUGCUAUACUUGCUUUAUCUGCAAGUGUAGUGCUCCUUCUGCUGUCUUUGUUCUGUUUCUUGAAGAAAACAAAGUCAAUUCAUUUUGGUGCCAAGUCCAAGCGUUCAUUCAAGACAACAACUUUCCAACGGGUUGCUUUCAACGAAGAAGAUAUAUUUCCCUUGUUAACUGAUGAGAAUGUGAUUGCUUCUGGAAGUUCCGGUCGGGUCUACAGAGUGAACCUUGCCAAGACGGGUCAGAAAGUGGCGGUGAAGAAGCUUUGGGGAGGAGGAAGACAAGAGCCAGACACGGAGACUGAAUUGGUGUUCAGAUCGGAGAUUGAGACCUUGGGGAUGAUCCGGCAUGCUAACAUUGUGAAGCUGUUGUUCAGUUGCAGUGGUGAUGAUUUCAGGAUAUUGGCGUAUGAGUACAUGGAGAAUGGAAGCUUGGGUGAUGUUUUGCAUGGGGAGAAGUGUGGUGAGUUGUUGGAUUGGAACAAGAGGUUUGAAAUUGCUGUGGGUGCGGCUAUGGGGUUGGCUUAUUUGCACCAUGAUUGUGUGCCUGCUAUAGUUCAUAGGGAUGUGAAGAGCAAUAACAUAUUGCUUGAUCAUGAGUUUAGGCCUUGUGUAGCAGAUUUUGGGCUUGCUAAGACCUUGCAGCGUGAGGCUGGUGAGGGAGGUGCUGGUGCCGGUGCCAUGUCCAGGGUUGCUGGAUCAUAUGGUUACAUUGCCCCGGAGUAUGCUUAUACGCUCAAAGUAACUGAAAAGAGUGAUGUGUACAGUUUUGGUGUGGUUUUGAUGGAACUGAUCACGGGCAAGAGGCCAAAUGACCCUUCCUUUGGUGAGAACAAGGACAUAGUGAGAUGGGUUACUGAGACUGCUUUGCUAUCAUCUGUUGAAGAAGAAAAUGGCAGUUUUGAGGGUGGUCACGAUCAUAUUGAUAUCAUCGCUAAGAUUGUGGACCCAAGAUUGAACCCAGCAACUUGUGAUUAUCAAGAGUUUGAGAAAGUUCUAAAUGUGGCCCUACUUUGCACCUCAGUGUUUCCCAUUAACAGACCCUCAAUGAGAAGGGUGGUUGAAUUGCUCAAGGACCAUAAGCUGCCUUGUCCCAAGUUAUGAUAAUACACUCCAGCUUCCAAACUCUUAGAGAAAGGACACAAAUUUUGAAGUGCAAAAGUGGGAGGCAGUAGGCAGCAGGCACUAUGUACUAGACACCAAAUCAAAGCGAUUGUUGGCUCUUUUUUGCAGGGGAAAUUACAUACAGUAAACUCUGACAUACUAAUUAUUAAUUAUUGAGUAACUGAAUAGUUAUUAUGAGUGAUUAUGGGACUUAAUUGCUGGUUAAUCUCCAUUGUAUAUUUUAUUCUCUUUAGUGAUUUUUGUCUGAUAUAGGCAAAGCUACAGGCAGUAAGAAAUACUGUCCUGCACGGUGCCACAUGUACAUUUUAUAUCCCUAGCUGUUAAAAGUGUUGUAUUCAAGAUUAAUACUAGAGAUUGGAUAGUAGCAGGAAUCGUUGUUCUUCCUUAUAUGAAAACUUAGGCUAAAGUUACCGAGGUACAGUGGAAUUCUGU